CUCCUGCUUAAUUAAGUGUAGAGAACAAAUUAAAAGAAAAUAGAAAUGCAAAGUGAAGCAAAGUGAAUUCAUAAGAGUGGGUAGGGAAUUAAGUUAUACACCUAUGAUACUGGAUUCACCCACUGACGUACUACGAGGAGAAACUGGACGAAAAUUUAAUCUCUGAAGAUCUAUAUAAGUGUAAAGAAGAACCCUGGAAGACCUUAAAGAAGCGUUAUAAAGCGGAACAGCUCAAAAGGAGAAGUAGAUUUGCGGCCACGCCCACUACAGGGACAGGCUGAUGAUGAUGAUGAUGAUCCUUCACUGGAGUUUGGUUCACAGAUAAGAUAAACCAUUGAGUUGCAAGCCUUUUUAAAGAUAUGCAUUGCGUCCAUUGGUUCUUGGAGUUGUGCCGCUGAAGCAAUGUGUGUCCCAAGCCAGGGCCCUGCAGGACGCCAGUGCGGGGAGAUCGCUAACGGCUAACGACCACAACGACCAUCACCCACCACCAGCUGAAAGGUUGUGGAGGGCUUAGAAAAAAGUGUUGAGCCCGGGCAGCAUGCAGGCAGUGACGGAAGGUGACAAUGGUGGCUCUGGGGUAACAGCGACCUCAGAGCUGCGUUUGCUCCCAUCAUGGGCAAAGUCCCAGCUGGCACACAUCCUGGAAGUGACCCACGGGUGGCGGGAGGUGAUGGGCCGUGUGCCAGGUCAUCCCUGGACACCAGGGAUGCCCCUCCCUGAGGGUGAACAAUACCACAGGAAGUACUCAUCAGAUGACAUUCUCUUGGUGUCAGAGGAGUGUGCAAGAGAUAGACGGGAAGGGUUUGAGGUACUGGUGGAGGAGUGGGGAACCAGCGGGAGGAAACGACCUACUGUGGGUGACCUGGUGGCCCUCCUGCAGCUGGCCAAGUUGUACCGUGCAAUGGACUACCUCACUGUCAAUGUCCUCAAUGGUGAGCCGCUGCCCCGAGAGACAGGAGACAGUGAUGCCCUGGACCAGCUGGACCAGGCACUGGAGGAGGACUGCCACGCCCACUACAAAUUCAUCUACAGUGGCAGCAGAGAGGAUGAAGGGCUUGAGAAUGGGGACUUGGGUGCCUCACAAGUGCUAGAGAGGGAGCUUAGGGCCCUGGAGUGUGAGCCCCAGGAAGAGGGUCUUCCACAGCUGGACUCUGAGGUUAUGCAGGAGCUGGAGGACUCUGGCUUUACUCACUUUGCCUUCUCCACCAUUAGGGAGAUCACCAACAACUUCAGUGAUCUGCCACAAGACUUGGGGGGCAAUAAGCUGGGCGAGGGUGCGUUUGGUGUGGUGUACAUGGCCAGGGUGGUGCUGAGAGGACAUGAGAAGAGGGUGGCUGUGAAGAAACUCUCCUCUGGAGAGAACAAAGUAGAGGAGCAGUUCAAAACUGAGAUUGAAGUUCUCUCAAGGUGUGUCCAUGAAAACCUGCUUCCACUGGUGGGUUACUCCUGUGACGGGCCAGAGUGGUGCCUCGUGUACGCCUACAUGGCCAACGGCAGCCUGCAGGACCGUCUCGCCUGCCUGGGUGGAACUCCUCCUCUGGAAUGGAUGAUGCGGGUGGCCAUUGGGGAGGGGGCAGCACGAGGCAUUGUGUACUUGCACACUCAGCAGGAGCGUCCUUUGGUCCACCGAGACAUCAAGAGUGCUAACAUUCUGCUAGAUGAAUACUUUAUCCCCAAGGUUGGUGACUUUGGGCUGGUGCGCCUGGGGAGCGGCGGCACCCAAACGGCAACCCUCAUCAAGACCACCACUGUGUUUGGCACCUCGGCCUACAUGGCUCCAGAGGCCUUCAGGGGAGACAUCUCUGUCAAGAUGGACACCUUCAGCUUUGGCAUUGUGCUGCUGGAGUUGCUGACCGGCCUGCCGUCUUAUCAAGAGGAGCGUGAGGGUUGUGACCUGUUGUCAUUCAUCCAAGAGAGUGAGGCUGAGCCAGGGGAACUACUGGAUGAGAAGGCUGGUGAGUGGGACAUGGAUGUGGCCACCCAGCUGUUUGCUCUGGCUGACCAGUGCACGGAGGCCAAGAAGAAGCGACCGACGAUGGUCGAAACCCUCCGUAACUACUUAAAAAUAGUAAACCCAUGAUGCUUGGAUUCACUUGGAAUUUGAAUGUGCUUACACUUGUUUCAAUCAGUAAUACAUUACUGAAGUAAUGUAAUUACUGCUUGAGUUUUUAUAUGUUGUGCCUUGAUAGGUCUCCUCCAGGUCAUUAAUUUUUCCUUGAUAAUUAUGAAUCCUGCUCUCAUAAGAAGGGUGGGCACAGACAGUAACUUAGAUAAGUCAGGAUAGAAAAUGUGUCCAAUGCAGUACCUCAUGGUAAGAAGAUUUGAAUCUUCCAUGCCUGACUUGUCACUCCCUGACAUGCUUGUUCCAUUCAUUUAAGCCAUCCAAACACACUUUUGCCAGAAAGUAAAGUCAAAAUCUGAUGAUUCAUACUCGUGAGCCAUCAGUUUGAUCAAUCUGUGUGAUAUCAUCAAUGUAAUUAUAAAAAGAAUACUUUAAAAGACUGGCUCUAGUUUAUUGAACCUUUGGUAUUUAAGCAAUGUCAUGACAGAAUUAAAGUUCUUCAUCAAACUGUCAAUGGAGAUUUCACAUUUAGGGAUCUUUCAGUUAAAUAUGCGUUUUUAGAUUUUGCAGGUUCUCUAGUCUACCAAACUGUGGCAAUUAGUACUCAUGGUACUUAUGGUAGAGGAAGUUUGGUACUUUUUUGAAGUAUGGGUCUAAUGGUUUACUCAAUGAACCAAUGUAUUUGACUCAUCAUAUCAUUUCAAAGUUAUCAGUUGCAAUUGUACGUCAGACUGUUCAACUGUUUGUGUGGUAAUCUUUAUGACAGUGAGUUUUCAUGAUAGUCAAAUUCUUGGAUUUAUGUCCCUGCCCUCCCCUACUUAAGAAGAGUGUAUCAAGACAUCCGAAAUUGACCUCUCCUUUGGCCACUCUAUACUUUUCACUAUGUGGGAGCAACUGUAAGUGGGUUUUUUUUUUUUUUUUUUUUCUCUACAUCUUUUUGUUGCCCUUGAGUUGCUUCUGGGCUGUAAAAAAAAAAUCAUUUUAAUAAGGAGGAAAGUUGCUAUUUUUAAAACCUAAUUGUAAUUCAGUCCUGAUGUAAAGUCACUGAUAUAUAUAUAUAUAUAUAUAUAUAUAUAUAUAUAUAUAUAUAUAUAUAUAUAUAUAUAUAUAUAUAUAUAUAUAUAUAUAUAUUUUUUUUUUUUUUUUUUAAAACAAAGGAGACAGCUCAAGGGCAACAAAGUGUGGAAAAAAGCCCACAACAGAGAGCAUGGUGGUUUGAGUUUUUAGACCACAUAAGUAAUAUUCCUCUGACCAAAAAUAUAUAUUUUGAUAAUUCCAUGAUAAUAAUCUGUGAUUCCCACUGUCUUAGAAAUGCAUUGUUAUUGUUCAAUACUUUUAAGUGUACAGUCCAUAUUUCUCACCAGUCUUAAGAAAAUUGUAUAGUUUUAUAGAACAUUUCACCUAUCAGAAAACUUUAUAUACAUAUUUGAAAAUGAAAUAAAUUAUAAGAAUUAAAUGAGGACUAUGAUAUUUCUUGGGAGAGAAAGUGAGCAGGCAAAGCCCACUUGCCUACAAGUCUUUGGUGGUGUGCAGGACAAUAAAACAAGGCUAUAUUUGUACAUGUAAUAUUCUAUAUGUUCACGAAUGUUAUCACUCUAUAAUCCACAUGAAUAUAGAUUUGACUUUUAUUGCAGGUUAAACUGAAUAAAUACUGACAUGUGUGGGCGUGUUCUGGGCGGCGGGCGGCGCGGGCGGGACAGCAGGUCGGUGCCGGGUGGCCCGGGCGGUCCACCUGGCCGCGGGUCUCCCGGCAGCGACGGCUGGGUGAGCCGCGCGCGCCGCCUGCUGCACCACAAGCCACAGCGACACAACAACACGCGAUUGUCGACGGCCCCGCGCGCCACCCAAUUGUUCGAUGAACAACUGAGCCCCGGGUGGCGCGUGGGGUGGCCCGGCCCGCACCCCCGCCGGCGCUGUACUGCUGGAGCGGGCGGCGCGGGCCCAGGGCCAGGGGGGCCACCACGAGUGCGGCCCGGGCCAGGAGGCGCGGCCCGCAGAUGCGUGUGGGCGGGACGGCCGCCUGGCGGAUAUGCGGUGGACCCUGGCUGGAUAUGACGACUCUCGGCAGUGCCAGCGACAGUGGCGGCAGGAACAGCAGUCCGGACCCCGCAGCGCGGAGGCUGGCCAGCUGGCUGGCCGACUGAGUGGCAGCUGCCACCUUCACAACACACACUCACACGACACUCGCCCGGGGUGAGGGAGGCAGGAACUAGCCGCCACGCUGGCCAGUCCUUUGUGGUGGUGGCGGAGUGUUCAUGCCGAGGGAGCCUGCCCAGGCCACCACCACCAUCAUGCCUCUCACUCACUCAUCACUCACACUCCCCAACCACCUGACCGUCUGUUUGUCUGUCUGUGUGUCUCACAGCACACACACCACAAACUAUACGAGACGACACACAACGUGGAAGAACUACAGCAACACCGCGCCCAUACACGGCCAAGCGCGGAGGUGGUAACACUGUAGAGGGACCACUGGGGAGAAGGUGGCAACACUGUAGAGGGACCACUGGUCAAGUGGUUACAUUGUAUGAGGAGUACUGGAUAUGGGGACAUGUAGAGGGAGCACUGGGAAAGUGGCACCACAGUAGGUGAACCACGAGGAAAAUACGGCAACACUGGUAGGGUUACUUUGGGAAGGGGAAUUGAAAAUGCUGUACUGGUUCACUGCUGAAGAUCUGGUAACACUGUAGAGGGAGCACUGGAGUGGUAACAAUUUACAAGGACCAUGGAAGAAGUGUCUGAACACUGUAGGGAACCACAAGGGAUGGGGGUGCUAUAGGGACCACUGAGGGAGUGGCACACUAUAGGUGACCACUGGUACCACCGUAACAGGACCAGCAAUGCAUGGCAUGCUAGGGAAGCCACGGAGGCGUGGUAGCACUGUAAAGGGUCCACUAAGGAAGUAAUAUAAUAUGGCAGAGGCCGUGUGGGUGACACUCUGGAGGACAUGACUGAAGUGGCUCUACUGUGGAGGAGCCAUCGAGGUGUGGCGCCAGUGUGCAGGGACCACUGGGGAGGUGGCAUAGCCGCUUAUAGGGACCACUAAGGUGUGGCAACACUGUAGAAGGGACCACUAAGAUGAUGGCAACACUAGAAACCACUCAGAAAAAAAUAUAUGGCAACACCAUCAAGGUGCCAAAGAGCACAGUGAUCACUUAUGGAAGAAAAAAGAAACACAUCGACUGUGUCUACGUCACAGGGGGUCAGCGGGGGCAACACCUAAGGAGGGGGAGGCACAAGGGUUGCAACACCUAAUAACAGCCACUGGAGUUGCCCAUGUAUAAUAUUGGGCCUUAAAGGGUGGGGACAAGGGAGGGAACAUACAUCAGAUACCACUGAAAAAGGAAUCAUGGGCAGGGAGGGGCAAGGGUUUACACGAAAUGAGCGAGUAGGUUAUCCUUCAAGGGGAUGCGCUGAGGGAGGGAAGAAUACACAAUACACCAACGCUUCCACCUAGAGGGGAAGCUUGUUGUGUCAAGAUCCAUUUACUAGGGUGACACAUGAUGGCUUUGUUGAAGUCUCUGGGUUCUUCAGUAAGAUUUCAUGCACAGGAGAGUAGAGAUCCAUAAAAAGCCAGCCCAGAAGUCCCAGGUGAUACAGUUCCUUGGGAUAUAAAGACAAGCUUCCCAGCCAUCAUGGGGUUUCGGUUCAGUUUCCAUGGCCAUCGGAGAGUCACCUAAACUGUUAAGAGUGUGACAAUGGAUGGGGAAAACUGUUGUGAAGACCCCACUGGGUAAGUUUCUGGGCUGAAGAAGAACCAUGUUUGCUUCAAAGCUCAUAAGAGAUUGUUAAGAUUAUGGGAAGUAGUUACUAUUUUCUGAAUAUGGUCACUGGUGUUUACAAUCUAUUGUAGUAUCGUUAAUCUGCGUGUGUUCAUUGAUUGACAAUAUACUUGUGGCAUCCAACAAGUCACUGCAAGUGCAUCAGGUGGUGGCGUGGCUUGCAGCGACCUGGCAGGAUGCACAUCACUAGUUUUCCAUAGAAGUGACCUGUCUCAAGAACCACCAUACUUUGUGCAAACCACAGGUGAGGCAAAGCAAGGAAAAAAAAUAAGCAGGGGUCAUUCUUAAAAAUAAGACUGCACAUGGCAGACACAGUACGGUACUAGCAAUGGAGGAUCUCAAGAACAUAAUGCAUUGGGGACAGCCCCAGCAUGCCUGAGUGUGAACUUAGAGACACAGUGGUAAAGUUUCAUGAGCCACACAUCAAACAUACUAAGGUAUAAAAUGAUUGUAACUGAUGCAUUCAGUGAACAAACUAAUUAAACAAAAUGCAGCCGACUUUGAUGGUAACCCCAGAUUAUCUAACACAAACUCAAUGAAAUAAGGUAGUUUUUCAAUAUCACUUAUGUGCAAGUCUUAUGACUAUGGAAGAAAAAUCAAGAGACAAAUAAUAAUUUUCUGAUGCUUGCUUCGUUGUAGUUCUUGUGCCACUCACUCGGUUCUCAUGUCGCCUGCGUGCUGCUGUGGUGGGCGCUGCAGGCCGGCAACACAACUGGCGGGGUGCUGCUGGGACAUGGCACACGCAAACUCAAGACACUACUAAAACAAGCGUGUCCUAAGAUGUGUCAACCUCACGGUCACAACCUUUACAACCCUCUAGGGAUGUCUGCACACACAACUCAUCAGUCCUGAGGCGUUAGUCACAACUCAAUAUACCUUAACAGACCUCGUGAUUUCCAUGUGAUAUAUAUACCCAGAUAAAAAUGGCGGCAAUUAUUUCCACCAAGAGGUUGAAUCGCUGUUGGAGUUGGACCUCUUCUCUUUAUGGCAAUGCUACAACUUGGGCUUAGUAGCUACACACCUUGCAGUCAUCAGAAACCAAACGUGUUCCAGGUAACAAAGGGAAAUUCAGUGUUUCGUCGAGGCAACUCACGUACCUUCCUGACAUCAAAGUGAACGAUGGCUCUGAGAUCUCUUUGGUUCUUAUGGUCACCGGUAGUUCUUUGGGGUGUCCAGAGCUCGAGUUGGUCAGUGGAGCGAGGCGAGGCCAUGCUACGGCACCCUUGUGAGUAAACAAUGGUGGCCGCGGGGCUAAAAGGACUGCCUCUAGCCAUUACAAUCCUCUCAGGACACGGGGCUAAAAGGACUGCCUCUAGCCAUUACAAUCCUCUCAGGACACGGGGCUAAAAGGACUGCCUCUAGCCAUUACAAUCCUCUCAGGACACGACAUACAGUGAACAAAAUAAAUACUGUGGAGGUACCGUUUUAACAUACAUUGCUGGUGAAACACUUACUAUAUAAACAAACAAAUGAAAGAACUUGGCCAAAAAAAUUAUACAUAAAAUCCUACAUAUACGAAACCGUAGAAAGUAAACUCUAGCUAAGUGUGUACAACCUUUACGUAUCAGACUAUCAGGUAACGAAACAUUGCAUGGUGCUGGUUAUCCUGACGCUGCUUAAGUUGAUCCAUGAGAAAAAAAGAAAUGAUAACUACACCUUUGUAAAUGAGUCAACAAAACUCGUCAGUAAACCUUUGGAACGACACUUGAGGUAUUGAAAUCUUUGUCAUAAUAUCCCUAGAGAUAAUAAAUGAAGAACAUGUACAUCCUCUAUAUACAAAAUGCAACUGAACGAAGCGAGUGAUCAACUGGGAUGCCGAGAGGGGCGGGAGGGGGCGAGCAAGCGAGAGGACCUUAAUUGGAGCCGUUCAAAAGACAGAUUGAUUGGUGAUGACGAUGACCACCACCAACAUUGCUCACAUUGCUUUGGCACUUGGAAAACACUUUAUCGAGGGGAGGGGGCGUGGCAACUUCAUGGGGAGUAAAUUUGUUUCAGACGCAUAACCGUCGUCUGGGGCAGCGCAGCGGGCAGCCCUCUCUUUGCUUGCUUCGCCCUGUCUCGAGAUCGCAAACCACUCACGGCUCACUCACGGCAGCUCCACCUCCACCGCGCCUGCCGUCCCUCGCCUUCAUCGUGCACUGAAAGCCGCUGAAUACAGUCUGUUUGGUGCUCCGUGGCGGGACCUCAAGAUCAUAUAAGCUUUUGGCCACUCUUUUAGAACAGCUCAGAACGCUUUUCAAGGCAGGGGUGGAAGGGAGGGAGGGAGGGACACGAAGAGAAAACGAGCAAAUACUAAUAUAAUGGGCGACGAACCUAACAUAAUAAUAAUAAUAAUAAUAAUAAUAAUAAUAAUAAUAAUAAUAAUAAUAAUAAUGGGCCACUAAAAGACGUGCUUGCUCUUCAUAAUAUACAGACAACGACGCACGUGGCCAAACUCUUGUGGUCCGUUCGGUUGGUUCCAUCGUGGCAACUCUUGAGUCAGUCACCCGGUGGGGGAAGGGAAGGGUGAGGGGAAAGGGAAGGGUGACAACUCCCACAAGCUCGUGAGUCAGCCUGAUCGAGCGUCGGGUGAUGGGAAGGGGCGGAGGGAGGGGAGAGGAGAUGGGAGUGAAGGGGGGAGGAGGGGAACUGCUAGAUAAUAGAAAUGACAAUAAGAAUCACGUCAGCCCUCCUGCACCUCCACUCGCUUGGAAUGUCUUGACUGGGUGACUGACUGACUGACUGGCGGACUAGUCAUGUGUUUUCCAGUCACGACGGGCCGCCAGUUUUCAUUUUUUCUUCAUUUUUCUCCGCAUCCGGUUUUUUUUUUUUCAGUCUUGUAAGAAACUGGUCUUGAGGACAGGUGUUAGUUGUUGUUGUUGUUGUUGUUCUUGAUGUUGUUGGAUGGCGACUGUUUCUGCUGCUUGGGGAGAGACAAUGGGGGGGGGAGGGGAGGAGAGGGGGAGGAGGAGGAAUGGAGUGGGGGAGGGAAGGUGGAAGGAGGGAGGGAGGGAUGGAGGACGUGGAGGAAAUAACCAGGAAAGUAGAGGGAGGAGGAGAAUUAGGAGAAGGAGGAUAAAAUAGGGUGGAGGAACGCAGGUGGAUAGAUGAAUGGAGUUAAUGUGGAGGAAGGUGAGGGGUGGAGAUGAGGGAGUGGAGAUGAGGGUGUGGGGUGAUGCUAACAGGUGGGAGGGGGAGGAGAAAGGAGAUCAAGGUAUUGGGAUGGGGUGACUAGGAUGAGUGUAUGGGGUGUAGGGGAUGAUAAGAGGCAAUGUGAGGAGGAGGAGGAGGAGGAGGAGGAGGAGGAAGAUGAGGAAGGCGUGUAAUAGGUAUAGGACGAUGGAUGGGUGUAGAGGAAGAGGAAAAAAGAAGGGUGUGUAGCGGGGUAAGAGGGAAGAGGAGGAGGCAGUGUAUUGGGUGUAGGUGUGGGUGGAGAGGGGGCAUUCUGGAGGCGUCAAGGGGGUGGUGGGUGUUCACAGAGGGGUUGGAGGUGGGAUGUGACGCACUAGAGAGGGUGUGAGGAAGCGGGAUCUGGGCGUACCUCUAGGCGGGGCACCUCACCCCCCGCCAUCGAAGGCUCGGUGUUGCGUCGCUUCAGCUUGGAUUUGGAAGUCUUCUUCAGCAUGGUAGCCUGUGAGGAGCGGCAGGCGAGAGGAAGGUGAAUGAGACAGUGAGUGAGGGAAAGGGUGCACGCGACGACAGGCAGAGUGAGUGACAGGGAGAGAGGGAGAGUAAAAAGACUUGUAAGAAGGCUACGGGAGUGUGAGUGGGGGGAAGUGAGAAAGGGUGCGAGGAAGGACAGACGAAGACCAGGAGGAGAAAAGGUGUGAAGGAUAUGGUGUUCCUGUGUGAGUCGGGGGAAGGAGGAGAGAAUGGCGCAGCAACGGAGACAGGGAAGGAAGAGGAGGAGGAGGAGGGGAAGGCAGAUGAAGUAGAGGAGGAGGAGGAGGAGGAGGAGGAGGUGCAGCGAGAGGUAAGGAUGCACGAAUGUAAAAACAAACUAGAGGGAUAUAAAGAAAGAUGUCGGAGUGGUAGGCAGUGACAAGGAGGAGGAGGCGGAGGAGGAGGAAUACAUAGGAAUACAUAGGAGGUGCAGCAUGAAGUAGAGACGCACGGAUAUAAACACUAGACUUGACGAAUGUCCAGAAAGGUGCGAGAGUGAAGGGCAAUGGCAAGCAGCAGCAGAAGGAGGAGGAGGAGGAGGAGAUGGACGAGUAGGAAGCUGUGGUGGUGGUGGUGGUGGAGGCAAGCACUUCUACGUGUACUCGGCAGAAGGAAAAGCAGAACGACAAAGAAAUGGAGCAAAAACUAAUGAUGUGAAGGAUGAGGGAUGAUAAUAGUAGUAGUAGUAGUAGUAGUAGUAGUAGUAGACGGAGGACAGGAGGAAUGGAAGAAGGGUUGGAGGCAUAUUCUUUCACUCCGGAAACGAAGAGACAGUCCAAGUACACACACACACACACACACACACAC